AUGGUACACUAUCGACGAGAAUUCAAAGCCGAUAGUCCUGAUCAGGAAUGGUACCCAAUUGCGCAGUUUCCAGGAAGAGAUUACUGGAAGUUGGCCGCUCAUGGUACUGAAGAAUCUCGUGUCGAACGUGGUUUCCUGGACUACGAUCAAUGUACCCUGGACGAGCUACGACGAUUCUGCAAACAACGCCAACUGAUUGUUCCCAGUGGCCAUGAUGGGACCUUUGACAAAUUCAAGGAAAUUCUGCAGGCAGCAGAUGAAGUAGCCAUCUUCAACAGAUUCCUUGACCUACCACCUGAGCUGCGACUUCAUAUCUACGAGAUCUACAAAGCCCCACUGGACUUCAACCACUUCAGCGUAGCACCACCCAUCACCUUUGUCUCGAAGCUCAUCCGGCGAGCAGCGAGCUCCCUCUUCUUCAGAGAAAGACUCUUCCUAAUCCAUCGCGACCAAUUCUGGCCACCCCCAGGGCCCAUGAGCCUGCAACGUGUGACGCAGCUCUUCUGGAACAGAGCACCUCUGGCCUUCAUCCACUCUCUCAGGAAGCUGGAGAUUAUGGCGCCGCUUGGUCACGGUGCUGGAUACGCUGAGUUCGACAUUGAUCUUAACGCCAAGCAGCGUGAGGAGAGGGCAUGCUUCGUGUCGAUGGGCACGUUCAAUUGGGUCUCUCUGAAUGAACGGAGCCCUGAAGUGGAGGUGGUGGUGAAUGGUGUUGUGGAGCAGUUACGAGAGCUUGUUGAUGUUAUCUUGGCGAGGGAGCCGGGUGUGUUUGAGAGAGGUGAUGCCGACGCUGUUCUGAAGAUCUUUGCGGCGACGGCGCAAGUGGAGUGA